UGAAUCAGCGGUCGGGGAUUGGAAGGGAGGGAUUUCUCAACUCUGGUUUCGCCCCUAAACCCUUUCUCUCUUCACUCUUUCACUCUCUCUCUCUUCUCCAUCUCCGUCAACGGCGACCCUCCGGAGAACUCAACCAACUUCUCGGCUCCAUGAAUUGCUCAAUUACCGGUGAAGUGCCGGAGGUGCCGGUUGUUUCUAAGAUAUCUGGUCUGCUCUACGAGAAACGACUCAUUGAAAGACAUAUUAUUGAUUAUGGAAAAUGCCCUAUUACUGGGGAGCCUCUAUCUAUGGAUGACAUAGUUCCUCUUAAAACUGGCAAGAUUGUGAAGCCAAGACCUAUGCAGGCUGCCAGUAUACCUGGAAUGCUUGGAAUGUUCCAGACAGAAUGGGAUAGCUUAAUGCUCUCCAAUUUUGCAUUGGAACAACAGCUUCAUACAGCUAGGCAAGAACUAAGUCAUGCUUUAUACCAGCAUGAUGCUGCUUGCAGAGUUAUUGCUAGGCUUAAGAAAGAGAGAGAUGAAGCAAGAGAGUUUUUGGUCCAGGCAGAUAGGACAAUGCCGAUGCCAGCAUCAGCUGAAGCUACUGUUAAUGCUCCUGGUUUAACCAAUGGGAAACGAGCUCCAGGAGAUGAGGAUCUGGGACCUGCAGGAAAGAAAAUACGCGCUGGAAUUUCAACUUCUAUUAUAGGAGAGCUUACUGAUUGCAAUUCAGCACUCUCUCAGCAGCGCAAAAAGCGACAGAUUUCACCGACGUUGGCUACUGCUGAUUCUAUAGAGAGAUACACACAGCUCAAUAGUCAUCCUCUUCACAAGACCAGCAAACCUGGCAUUUUAGCUCUUGAUAUUCUUUCCUCAAAGGAUAUUAUUGCAACAGCUGGUAUUGAUGCAAAUGCAGUAAUCUUUGAUAGACCUUCAGGGACUGUCUUAUCAACACUUAGCGGUCACUCAAAGAAGGUUACAAGUGUUAAAUUUGUGUCUCGGGCUGAUUUAGUUGUUACUGGCUCAGCAGAUAAGACUGUUCGUGUGUGGAAAGAAUCUGAACAAGGGAACUAUGAUUGCAGGCAUGUCUUGAAGGAUCAUACUGCAGAGGUUCAAGCAGUCACUGUUCAUGCCACGAACAGCUACUUUGUGACGGCCUCUCUUGAUAAUACAUGGUGCUUCUAUGACCUUUCUUCUGGUUUAUGCCUUACUCAGGUUGAAAGUCCUGGAUCCGGAGGUUACACAGCUGCAUCUUUUCACCCUGAUGGUCUUAUCCUUGGAACUGGCACCUCAGAUGCAAGUGUUAAAAUUUGGGAUGUAAAAUCACAGACGGUUGCUGCCACUUUUGAUGGCCAUGUUGGAGCGGUUACUGCUAUAUCUUUCUCGGAGAAUGGUUACUUCUUAGCGACAGCUGCCCAUGAUGGAGUUAAACUGUGGGACUUGCGGAAAUUAAGGAACUUCCGAACAUUUUCAUUGUAUGAUGAGAACACGCCAACUCAGUCUGUGGAUUUUGACCACAGCGGAAGCUAUCUUGCAAUUGCUGGCGCAGACACAAGGGUUUAUCAAGUUGCAAAUGUGAAAUCCGAGUGGAAUUGCAUAAAAACAUUCCCUGAUUUGUCUGGCACAGGCAAGGCAACUUGUGUUAAGUUUGGGGAUGACGGAAAGUACAUAGCUGUUGGAUCAAUGGACCGAAAUCUUCGCAUAUUUGGCCUUCCAGAAGGAGGGGAGGCUCCAUCAGAAGAGAGCUAGAAUUUGAAUUGACUAAUCCAAACUGUAAGAAGAAGUUCCUUGUAGUAAGUAAGUAAGUAGCCUGCUGCUCUCUUUCGUUUUUCGUGUGCUUAUACGGGAGAUAAUAGAGAAGAAGAAGAGGUUAUUCGAAAACAUACAUAAAUUUGAUUUUGUUUUAACAGCUUAUUAUUAUUAUUAUUAUUAUAUGAGGUGAAUAGAGUAGAAGAACAUACAUAACAUUUGUCUUUUUUUCUCUUGGUUUUUCUGUAGGAGGUUAUAAUGGAACAACACACUAUUUUUUGUUUAUCAAAUUCUAUGAUUUGUAUGUUGACUAGAAAACUUUUGUUUCUUUAUUGUCUUUAUACUGCAUUACUGCUAAUAUUUGUU